AUGUCACUUUCCGAAAGGCGGUCAAAGCCUUCAACUUGUAAGGUGGAGAUGAGGUCCCCAGAGGCAGAAGCGGGAUUUAGAGAAAGGGGCACGGGCAGUCCCCCCGGAACAAUUUCUGGCCCACCUGGUAUCAGAGGAGAUCCAGGCAUCCCGUCUGUGGUCAGAGGCCCCCCUGGCAAGCCUGGUCUUUCUGGUAACAAGGGUAAGGAAGGUCUUCCUGGGGAUGAUGGUGUUCCUGGACAACCUGGACCUCCAGGACCCCCUGGUGAUGGCAUUACAAAGGUCGGCUUUUACAUCGUGAAACACAGUCAGACGACAACUCCACCGGAAUGUCCGCCCACCUAUGACAAGUUGUGGGAUGGUUACAGUCUUCUCUACGUGCAAGGGCACGACGUGUCCCACGGUCAGGAUCUUGGUCAAGCCGGCUCGUGUCUCAAACGAUUCACCACUAUGCCCUACCUCUAUUGUAAUAUCUUUGGCAAAUGCAACUAUGCUUCCAGAAACGACUACAGCUACUGGCUUUCAACCGAUAACCAGGUCCCGAUGAUGCCCAUUCAAGCGUCCGCGGUGGAGCCUUACAUCUCUAGGUGCACGCACACAGGCGCGGGAGGUAGUGGUACCGGCCAAUCACUGGGCUCUUCCGGUUCCUGCUUAGAGAGCUUUAGGCCCAAUCCCUUUACCGAGUGUCACGGCCGUGGCACUUGUCAUUAUUAUGCUAACAAAUACAGCUUCUGGCUCGCCACCGUCAACACGCCAUUCCAAACACAACAAUCCGAGACGCUCAAAGCUGGCAAUCUACUCAGCAGGGUCAGCCGCUGCCAGGUUUGUAUCCGUCUCUCACGUAAGAAGCGUCGUCAAGCUGCCGAAGCUCUUCCAGUUGCCCGAGCACAGCGCCUUAGCCGUUCAGCUGCUGUCAAUCAAGACCAACAUCUAGCUGCCGCGAAACAAGGACUACGGCAAGGCUCCUAA